GUCAGUGUCCCCUCACUGGUCUCUUCCUUUUGCUACCUUCCCGUCCAUUCAUUCUCGAUUUCUCACUGGCUACCCGACCCUCUUUCACUACCACCAGUCCUUACUAUUGCUUGCUGGCUUAUAAUACACCUAGAGCAGGCUCUCUUCCUCUUGAAUACCAGUGUGUGGGUGAUGGUCUAACGGGUUGGCUUCGUACAACUCAUUCCACUCCUUUCCUUCCAGCACUUCGGAUCCUUGACAUUCCUUUCACUUUGGGUAACCGCAAUUUCACAACUUUCUUUUCUCUUUCCUUUCUGGUCAUUCUAUUAUUCCUCCAAGACGAGGUCCAACAAUCCUUAACAACAACCGAUAUACACGAACCGCUCGUACCACCAAUCAACCAGCCAUCAACGCUCUCAUUUACCACCGAUCACUUCACCUACGCAGAAAGGCUCGCAGUGCUACCUGUAUCCCUUCUCAGUCAAGACAUCUUCCCACCUCGAGCUAGCUUCAACGCCGUUAUACAUUGCCUGUGCCCGUGGCUUCCGGUCAACAAUCAGUGGGCCCGAGUGAUCUUUUUGAAACUAUCGAAUAGCCAUGGACGCAAAUCAGGAGCAAUCCCGCAGACGGUUGCCUUUUUCCUUUGGGUUCUCAAAGGGACAAGAAGUGUCUUUCCAUCACCAAGAUACCAUAUCCACUAUGCCCGGGAACCAAUUGACGACUGAGAUGGAGGCGAUGGCGCCUACUCAUGGAAUGUGGACAAACCCUACCUCUCAUGGUAUCAAGCCACGACCGGCUACUAUCCAUGAAGGAUUCGCAUAUAGUAUGGGUGGUGGCUUUGGAACUUUACCCGCGUGGACUCAACCCUCAUUGAACAUCCCGCAGGCGCAACACACCCCAAGCGACGCCAUGUUCCCGCCGACCUCGAUGCCUCACGAGUUCUACCCGCAAACGACAGAUGCAUGGGGCCAGAGACAUUGUGGAGAACAUGUUGAUAUACCACCUUUGGAUGAGGAUCUUGCAAUCGGUCAGGCAUUCACUAGUGACGAGGUCGUUCCCAUGGACCUUCAGUAUCAGGGACAUCAGCAGUUGGAAGGCGACCAGAUGAACUACGACGGCGGAUUGAAUCAGCGCAGAAUGUCUGGAUCGUCGUUCAGCUUGUCGACUUCGGGUGCCUUCUCCGACAUGCCUUCGUACGACGAGUUCUCCGCCACGUUUUCUGACGCGCAGUCAGUUUCCGAUUACCGGCCGACCUCAAACAGGAACUCCUACAUGUCUUCAACACAUCUCUCGCCUGUCGCUUCUCCUCGUAUGACUCCUCAAACACGGUCGGAUCUCGUACGGACACAGAGCAGAGGCCGCGCCUCGCCUUCUCCCCGGCCUGGAGCGCGCGCUGCUCCAUACAGCGUGGAUGGGGGCAGGAGUAAGAGAUGGUCCACGGGAUCUUACGGCACAGCUGCUAGCAGAAGACCUUCGCCUUUUGUCUAUCAUCACGGAUCGCAAGAGCCCUUCCACUCUCAGCCGCGGAUGCCGACCCAUCACUCCUCCCCCACGGUUGCUCAGCCUCAACUACCGCUCAGCUUUGGGAACCUACAGGCAGUACAGCAGAACCCCUAUCUGCUUGGGAGCAAUGGUCCAGUACUUCAGCAUAGUACCAUGCUUCUUCCGUCGCACUUGCCAUCGCAUGGGUUCCACCCCGUGCAGCACCACUUUGAGCAGCCGCCUCCGCUGCUUUCUCAUGGGUUCUUCCGUAUGCUUUCGAGCAAUGCGGACCCGAGCUCUCUGCAUCACCACUACGCAGACCUUUCGGAUCCGCCUGAUCUCUUUGCUGCCCUUCAGGAGGAACAACUCGAUCCUCCCCCCGAAGAUAUGAAUCCUGACGAUCCCGAAAUGGUCCCCCACGAGCAGGAGCUCAGGUUCGACGGUGAUCUUUACACCCCCAAAUGGGUACGUGGACACGGAAACAAAAGGGAAGGAUGGUGUGGAAUCUGCAAGCCAGGACGUUGGCUAGUGCUCAAAAAUUCAGCGUACUGGUACGACAAGAGUUUUACACACGGUAUUAGUGCACCGACAGGAUGUCGUUUCCAGGAACCUCAAAAGAUCAGGCGCAUGGAAGGAAACCCGGAAGUAUGGGAAGGCUUUUGUGGUACUUGCCGUGACUGGGUCGCGCUGGUGAGCAACAAGAAAAAGGGCACCACCUGGUUCAGGCACGCAUACAAGUGUCAUACCCACACGAAGAUCAAAGAGACACCAAAGCGACGAAGGGGGAGCAGUCACACGCGACCAUCAAGCAUGAUCAAAGGCAAAGCCGAACCGCAGAUCGCUAGCCCACUGGGAGGUCAGAUGCAGGACAGCUCGAUUGCGGAAACACCUUCCCUAUCCCAGACGUCGGGAGAAAGCCAAUUCGAGCAAGCAUGAGAGGAUCAAUAUCCAUCAUUGUCGGCACCAUCAAUCUUGCCUCUGCACCGCUGCCACCCACCGAGCCACAAUCGAAGUUAUGCCGAGUUCCCAAGUUAACUUCACACUCUGCCAAUCUGCAAACGCCGCCAAUACCUCCACGCGAUGGGCGUCGCCACAACGAGCUCGCCCAGGUCACAUCUGCCCCUCGUCCUUGGCCUGCCAACAAUGCUGGAGUGGCCGAUUAUCAGUGACCGUCCACCACGGUCGAUCAGUUGAGAGACUUCGAUUGGAAUGGGUAUCACUACGCCCACUCCACAUCUUUCCUUAUUUUACUCGUCUAUUCCCCUUUUUACAGCUUCAUGAACAUAGUUUGCUCACUGAACCAUGUGGUGUUCCUAAGGUGCUCACAAACCAUGGUCUGUUCUUUCCUCAUCCCCAAAUUCGCUUGUUGAAUCUCAUAUUUUUACGGAAGCUGGCUACCACGAGAUGUUGUUAUGACCAUACACGGAAAUCAGAGAAAGCGGAAAGCAAGUACACACAAACAAACUCCUCGGGAAUGGAGUAUGAUUUAGAAUUGGGGCUCAGGGCGAUUUACUAGAUACCUUACCUAGACUGGCACACUUUCUUAUGAUGUCUCUUUUUCUCUAUAUGCCGACCUGAUCUAUUCAACGCGGGCGUCGCGAAUAUGAUUCAGUGCGCGGAGGUGAUGUGGUGGAGGAUACCCGAUUUCCUUAUUUCCGUCUUGCUGUUACUCGUUUCCUUGGCUUCUAAUUGUCUAUUCGAAAUUCUUAUAACCUUCUAUACUCUCAUUUGUCCCCUUAAUGCACGGGGUGUUCCCCGUAUACCCCCUCCCUUUUUUGAUGGUUAUUGUUGUAGGUUCGUGUUAGGCUUCUUCGCAGCUCUAGAUGAGCGAAAUGAUACCCAAAUACAACUAAGCUGAUGACCACC